AUGCGCACAACGACCGCCGGGAACCUCUCGGUCGAGCUCAGAGAUGAUGGCGUGGCCGUCGUGUGGAUGAACGGCCGCAUGAGCAACGCGCUGGACGAGGGCUUCUUCUACGGCGGCGGCCCCCGCAUUUGGCACGAGCUCAGCGAGGACCCCGCGGUGGGCUGCGUGGCGCUCCUGUCGCGCGGAAGGAACUUCUGCGCCGGCAUCGACAUCGGCAUCCUGGCGCGGCACCUCGACGGCAAGAAACCGGGCGACACGUGGCCCGCCGACGGCAUCCUCGUCAUGCAGGAUGCGGUCACCGCCGUCGAGCGGUGCCGGAAGCCCGUCGUCGUUGGCGUUCAGGGCGCGUGCGUAGGCGGAGGUGUCGACCUCGCCUGCGCCUGCGACGUCCGCGUCUGCGACAGCACGGCGCGGUUCUCGGUGAAGGAGGUUGACCUGGGUAUCACCGCGGACCUCGGCACGCUGCAGCGGCUGCCACGGAUCGUGGGCGACGGGAACGCGAGGGAGCUCGCGCUCACUUGCCGCACGAUCGACGCGGCCGAGGCGCUGCGGAUCGGCCUGGUCAGCGAGGUCGUGCGUGCAGAUGGGGUGCAGCCGCAGCGGUUGCACGCUCGUUGCUUGGACCUGGCGCGUCAGAUCGCAGCGAAGCCGCGCAGCGCGACGGAGGGGACGAAGCGCGCGCUGCUGCACGCCAGGGACCACUCCGUCGCGGACUCCCUGCGUCAGGUGGCGGAGUAUAACCAGGAACACCUCCUGAGUCAGGAUCUCUUCAAGGCGGUGCGGGCCGCGGCGUCGGCGGGGCGCGUGCGGCAGCCCGCCGCGCGACUGUGA